UGGGAGGAUGGCAGUCAGCCCGGUUCCUGGUUGUGGGCCCCAGGGGAGCUCGCUCUCCAAAAUGACCACUGAUACGACUUGUCAGGUUCCCCAGAUUUAGAAGCUGAGGCCAGGACCAUGUGCAAGUGGCUUAUGAUGUGCUCCUGGGAGAACUCCAGUGUCAGCCUGAAUGUGAAUUAUAACUCAAAGUCUUUCAAGACUCAAGGCAAGGCAGCUGGGUUUUCAGAACAUCUCACCAGAAGAACUAUCCUAAGUCUUCUGAAUUAAAACUGAGACUCAAUCUACAUUGAACUUCCUCAGAAAGGAAUCAUGAACAUUGAAGCAUAUUUUGAAAGAAUUGGUUAUAAGCACUGUAGGAACAAAUUGGACUUGGAAACAUUAACUGACAUUCUUCAGCACCAGAUCCGAGCCAUUCCCUUUGAGAACCUUAACAUCCAUUGUGGGGAAGCCAUGGAGUUGGGCUUAGAGGCCACUUUUGAUCAAAUUGUGAGGAGGAACCGAGGUGGGUGGUGUCUCCAAGUCAAUCAUCUUCUGUACUGGGCUCUGACCACAAUUGGUUUUGAGACCACGAUAUUGGGAGGGUAUGUAUACAACACUUCAGCAAACAAAUAUAGCAAUGCCAUGAUUCACCUCCUGCUGAAGGUGACCAUUGACGGCAGGAACUACAUAGCUGAUGCUGGAUUUGGAUGCUCUUACCAGAUGUGGCAGCCUCUAGAGUUAAUUUCUGGGAAGGAUCAGCCCCAAGUGCCUUGCAUCUUCUGCUUGACAGAAGAGAGAGGAAUCUGGUACCUGGACCAAAUCAGAAGAGAGCAGUAUAUCCCAAACCAAGAAUUUCUUAAUUCUGAGCUCCUGGAAAGGAAUAAAUAUCGGAAAAUCUACUCUUUUACUCUUGAACCUCGAACAAUUGAAGACUUUGAGUCUGUGAAUAUAUACCUUCAGGAAUCUCCAGCAUCUGUCUUUACAAGCAAGUCAUUUUGUUCCUUGCAGACUCCAGAAGGUGUUCACUGUUUAGUGGGCUUCACCCUCACCUACAGGAGAUUCAACUAUAAGGACAAUACAGAUUUGGUAGAGUUUAACACACUGAAUGAAGAAGAAGUAAAAGAAAAUCUAAAAAAUAUAUUUAAUAUUUCCUUGGAGAAAAAGUUUGUCCCCAAACAUGGUGAUAAACUUUUUACCAUAUAGAGUAAGCAGUAAAAAUGGUCUCAGUAUUACUUCUGGUGCUGUAACUUUUUAUUAUAAAAAAAAUUUUAACAUCUAUAAAAGUAGAGAGAAUGAAAUAAUAAACCUCCAUUUGUUUAUCACUCAGUUUAUCAACUAUAAACUAGAGGCCUAUCUAUCAUAUUUUCUCAAUGCUCCCACAUUAUAUUGAAGAAAAUGCUAGACAUCAAAUCAUUUCACCUUUAAAAGUGUCAGCAUAUAUAAUUAGAUAACAUUUUAAAAAACAUAACCAUAUACCUUUUCAAAAAUAAUAAUAGCAAAGAUGCUUUAAUGAUGGCCUAUGGUUUUCUUGAGGAAAAAGUGAUUUAUACUAGAAAACUUUCCACAUUGGUUGAAUGUUGAAUUCAUAGAACAUGUUUACCUAUCAUUCAGUAACUAGAACCUUGAGGAAAACUUUUUUAUUAAAUUCUACCAGUGUAUAUCCAAUGUCAUAUUUGUGCAGAAAUACCACAUGUAUAAUGGGAUUAUAAUUCAACCAAAAAGAAAGAGACAUGACAUUGCUUCCAAAUAAACUAAAAUUUCUCAAAACAAGGUGUAAACCAAUACUUGUUAGCAUGUGAUCAAGUACCAAGAGAGGGACACAACUAAUAAUUUCUUACAUGGCUCCUUUUGCAACCACACUUCUUCAAGUACCAUUUUUCUUAAUAUGGGAACACUACUAUUUAUAACUUUCAAAUUUUGGAACUCAGUAUUUUUGCUUAAAAGUAAUAAGUACUGCAAAUUUAAAAAUACUUAUUAUCUAAAAACUUGAUGUUGGAGAAGUAUGUUAAAACAUUGUUGGCCAA